AUGCAGCAGAACCCAAGUGAAUCACAGGCAUGUCAAGCAGCAAGAUCUCUCUUGCUAUCUUCAAUUUAUUCUUUGACUCGUCACACCCUCUCGAGAGUUCAGUGUAUUUUAACGCAUCGAUUUGUUUGUAUUAUCUAUCCUCAGCCCACACUGGCUGCAGACAGGGCUGCAGCACCUUCAGGGAGCGAGGAGCAGGCACCCGGACCUCAGCCCAGGACAACAUUUACGAUAUUGAGACACGGUCCAGGAUCAGCAUCCAACAACACCUCAACAGAGCGUGCCGGUGCCAUCCAAGCAGGCGAAGGCUUUGUGGCUCAGGAGGAGGUGGCUGGGUUGACAAAGUCCUUGGAGGAGCUUGAGGUCGGCGAUGACUCAAAUGACACAGAGGACACUGCGCUCGACGAGUUUUUGGUGGGCUUGUUGAAGAAUAAGCAAGAGCGGAUCUUUCUGCUCAAGCUUGACCGAGAGUUUUGCAACUUUCUCAACAACCCAGCUCAAGAGCACUUGGAAUUCCCUUCCCUCAAUUCUUAUUAUCGUAUGGUAAUCCAUCGUGUUGCCAACUACUUCAAGAUCACACGCGUCGUGGACCCCCAGCAGAAGAUCAUUUUGUUUAAAACAGAACAAUCUGCCAUUCCUGCAUUACGAUUCCCAGACUUGGUCGAGGAGGAAGAAGAGCAGCCAGUGAAGCCGAUGAAAGUCCUGAAGAGAAACCCUAAUCGGUCAUCCAGUGGUGUUUCCACUCCAGAUGGAACUUCAGAGCCAGACCGCAAGACGAUAUCCAUGGAGGAACGCGAGAAGGCUUAUGCUGAGGCUAGAAAGCGCAUCUUCCAAGAAGAAGCCCCAUCUAAGCCAAGAUCGGAGGGCUCUGGAUCUAACUCGCGAUGUGAUUCUCCUUCAGUGCCAGCGCCAGCAGCCGAACAGACGCGCCAGGAUGGAGGGGACGAAAGCGUCAAAUCAAAGAACCGAAAGCAGAGCAACGGAAGGAAGCCAGGCUCAGGGUCGGCAAGGUCGCCCGAUGAACUAGGCGAUAAUGACCAUCGUCAGCAUAAUCAGUCUUCGCCUAAUUCUCGCAAUGUCUCUCGGAGCACAUCUCCAGCACCUCCCUCGGCCACCGGCGGUUCUGAUUCGAAUCCAAAAGCUUCUAGCAAAGGGCUGGGACCGAGAACAAAAUUAUCCAAGGGCGACCCGGCAGCGGAAUGUGCAGAUCAACGGAGACGAAAGAGUACUGCCUCAACCGCAUCCUCAUCUUCAGGAACUGCCAGGACGCCGGUUGGACUUGCUCGGACGGUUUCAUCAUCUUCUAGUCAGGAUGGAUUCCAAAGCCCAAGUAUCGGUGGCGCAAAUCUCACAGAAUCGCCAUCUGUCAAUUCGCCCUCCACUCCAACAGCGUCCAAGACGUAUGACUAUUUUGGGCAGAAUCCCAAUCCUAGCUCUGGAUCGGUGUCACCGAUGAGCAGCGGCAGCUCUAGGACCUCAUUCUCUUACCCUCAGCCUGGCGGGCCCAAGCAGAUCAGGAACCAUCACCACCACAACAACAGUGGUAGCGGCCAUAACGCAGGUCCAAGCAGCGGCAACUUUGGCAACCAUUUGCCCAACCCAGGUUUUGUCAAGGGCAUGAAUGGCGGAGCAUUCGUGCCGAAGAAGCCCUAUCCGAAGCACCACAGCAGCCACAUGAACAGCGGUGGCGCUUUUAACAGCGGAUCUGGCGGCGGAUACCCGACUGGCCCUUCGACACAAGGUCAUCCUUUCAACAAUAACGGUGCCAACAGCCCCUAUACCCAUUCGCAACCCAAUGUAUCUUCGCCCUGGUCCGACCGAAGCAUGGCGCCUGGCCAUGAACAGACACCAUUCUACAACACUCCACAGGAUCCAUCCAUGACAUUCCAGUAUGGAAACAAUCCCGGUCAUUACCCCCAACCCGGACCAAAUAUGCAACCACCAUUUAGCAGUAACCAUCAUCCCAAUAACCAAAUGCACAACAACCACCAGCACAUCUACCACGGGUCUUCUCAUCGCGGCGGUCGUCGUAACACUUCCAAACCCCAAUUCUCUCAUCAGCCUCACUUCCAGCACCCACAUCAUUCUCGAACAUACCCUCAGAUGCAUCCCCAGCAGCAACAGCACCAUCAUGGCAACAGCUAUAGCGGGCCUUCGACUAGAGAUGAUUUUGCAUACCCGCAAGGUGCACAGGCUGGCAUGCGUUAUGGACGAUCCUUUGACAGCAACCCAGGGCAAGUGCCGCCGCAGCAAUACGUGCCAGAUUUCUACCCAGCGCAUGGAAUGGCGGGCGAUGGCCAAAGCAAUCCAAACAUCUAUCCAGCGUUCCUUGGCCCGCAACAGGCGGCUUCUACAGGCGAAACCUCUCCAAGUGGGCAAAGGUAUCCCUAUAACCAGAACCCAAAUUGGAAUCAGGGACUGAACCAUGGACCCAACCAAGGAACCGACUCAGCAUCUAUGCUUUACAACCCAGCAUUACAGCCUCCAAUUGGAGGCAAAAAGAAUUUUAAUAGCUACCAGCUCAGCCCAUCCAUGAUGGGCCCUUCGCAACAGGGCUCGAUGGCGAUACAGUCAGGCAUGGUGAUGGGCGGUGGCGGCGGACAUGGCAUGUACGAUAUCGAGCGGAGACCACCAAAAUCAGCGGAGCUCUUUGAUCCAAACGGACCCUCAUCGUCCAGCAGUAACGGCGGUGGCGGGCAGGAAGCCGAGAAGUCGCCAAGUUUGAAUCAUAUUUUGGAGAUUCAUGACUUUGAUGCACAGGACGACAUUUUCGAGGACCUGAUAUUACCGACCGGAUCAAGGCUGAGACGGGUCAAGUCAGCCAAGGGUCCGGUGGAUCAGUGUCUUGUGGUGUUUAAGAACGCAAACCUGGCUGCGGAAGCUCUGGUGGCAUUCCAGGAGGGCAGGGAAACGUGGAUGGGGCCUGACGCCAGGAUGACCAAGGAAGAGGCCAUCACCGAAAUCAACGCUGAUGCUGAUGCUGUCGCUGACACUGAUGCAGGGGUCCCAACGGGAGUGGAGAAGGAUGGCGAGGGAAUCUCAGCAGGCGCACGGUUACAGCAACGGUUUAAUGUCAAGGUUUGGACGCCUGUGCUCCAUAAUAACACGACACCGGUUGUGGCUGGGGGUAGUGCAUGCCCUGUUAAGAGUCAGAGUCAAGCAGCGACGGCGACGUCGGCGAUGUCUUCGGACUUCAGUAACGGUAACGGCGACAGUAUUCGUCCAUGUAAUGAUAAGAUGGAUGCUAAGGAGGAAGAUUUGUCGACGGCAUCGUCAGGCAAGCAGGAGUGA